CUCCGAGACGCACAGCUUCAAACCGGGAUUAACCAACAGUCAGGACUCCAAGCUAAACAGUCAGAGAAAUCAACAGCACAGGAUGAAGGUGUUCAUUGUACUUUGCGCAUUGGUGGCCUGCGUUUCCGCAGGAAUCGUGAGAUCUUCCGGCUGGGGAUCCAAUCCCUGGGGCGGCAGCAGCUCGGGAUGGAAUAGCGGUUGGAGUGUCCAGCGGCCGCAGGUCAUCAAGGUCAUCAGGGUCGGCGGCGGAGGUGGCGGCGGCUGGGGAGGCGGCCACUCCGGAUGGAGCAGCAACUCCGGAUGGGGUGGCAACUCUGGCUGGGUAGGCAACUCUGGAUGGAGCAGUGGCAACUCCGGAUGGGGUGGCAACUCCGGAUGGUCCAGUUCGGGAUCCAGUGGCUGGUGGUAAAGUUGAUGGUGAUGAGUGAUGAAUCCCCUUGGGAAUCCUUGGGACACCCAAAACCCGAAACCCGAAACCCCCAAUCCCAAAUCCCCUCUCUCUGCACCUGGUUCACACUACACUACACGAUUUUGUAACAUAGCCAUUAGGUUCCCCAUUUUUUUGUGUAACAAUUAAUUAAAUAAACAAUCAAAUCGAAUGCAUAAACUGAA